UGCAUCACGAUGUUGGACCUAAACGGCAAUCCCGCGACCACCUACGAUCCGGAACAGAAGGUGUGGAGUGGUUCCAGCCAGCAAAGUCUCUACAACGACGAGCUGACUGUGGGCCAGAUCAUCUUCCGCCAGCUGCAGCGGCAGUCCCAAAGGAUAUUCCAGAUAUCGCACACGGAUAAUACGCGGCUAACCCGAUCGCAGAUGCUGCAAAAUGCGGCCAAGAUUGGCUGCUAUCUGCGGGAUCAAGGAUUCAAAAAGGAAACGGACCUGGUAGGACUAAUGGCCCGUAACUCCACGCAUGUGGGAGCUUUGGCCUACGGCUGUCUGUUCAACGGGACUCCCUUUCACGCCGUGAAUCCCAAUCUGGAGCAGAAGACCAUCGCCAGUCUUUACAAGAUCACCAAGCCCCGCAUCCUUUGCUGCGACAUUGGGGACUAUGAAAAGAUCAAGGACAUAGGAGCCACGCUAGGAGCUCUGAUCAUGACUGUCAAUGGGAAGAUACAGGGUGUGAUGAGUGUCGCAGAUCUGCUGCAGAAUCCCCUGCCCGAGGACUACGAGCCCGCGAAGUUCCAGCGUGGUGUCGAUCGCACCAUGGCCAUCCUCUGCUCCUCGGGCACCACCGGGACUCCCAAGGCGGUGACCCUCUCAAAUAGUCGCAAGCUAUUCGAGAUUCACAGCUACCUGGGUUCCGAUGACGUGCAAUACGCGCCCAGCACCUUGGAUUGGCUCACAGGACUCAUUACCCUGGUCACGGCUGGAGUUUUUGGCACAGUUCGUCUGAUUUCGAGUGAAAUGUUCAGUACCGCCCACUUCUUGGACAUUUGUGAGCAGCACGAGAUCUCCUGGACCAUCAUGGCCAACUCCCAUGUGGCCAUGUUGGCCAAUUGCCAUAACACCAAAGCACAAAGGCUAAGAAGUCUGAGGCAUUUGCUCUUUGCUGGAGGUCAUUGCCUGGUGGCCACUUUGAAGAAGAUGCAAUCAUUCCUUCGUGGAUCGGGAAUACUAAGAAAUGCCUAUGGCCUAACGGAGGUGGGAACCCUGAUAUCCUACAACUACGACACCCAAUCUAAGCCCACUUCAGUGGGUCGUUUAAUGGCCAAUAUUCGGGUAAAGAUUGUGGACUCCUCGGGGCAGUUGCAGGGCCCCAAAGGAUUGGGUGAGGUGCUCUGCCACAAUGGACAACCCUGGAGCGGUUAUGUGGGAAAUCCCCAGGCCACGGCGGAGAUGAGAGAUUCGGCUGGAUGGUAUCACACCGGCGAUGUGGGCUACUUCGACGAGGAUCACUGCCUGCACAUUGUGGAGCGCAAGAAGGAUAUGCUGAAGUACCUGGGCAUGAUGUACUAUCCCCAUGAGGUGGAGGAGGUGAUCGCCCAGAUUCCCGAAGUGGCAGAGGUCUGUGUCUUUGGCAUCUGGCGGGAGACGGAGGGCGAUGCCGCCGCUGCGUCUGUAGUCCUACGAUCCGGUAGUAAAUUGGAUCCCAAACAAGUCGAGCAGUUUGUUCGCAAAAACGUAUCCGUGCAGUUCAAGCAUCUCCACGGCGGAGUCCAGAUUGUUCCGCAGCUGGCGAAGAGCGCCAAUGGCAAGGUCAAUCGACAUGCCGUCAAAGCGGCCUACUUGAGGGAUGUGACCCAGUCCUAGAAUCUAUUGAUAACAACACCAUCAACAAUUACCAAGCAUAAACUUUGUUAAA